AUGGCAAACCUGUCGCAGCCUGGCCAUGGACCAGUUCAGACGAGUGCAGUCGUUGUGCUUGGUGCCUCCUCAUGCCUUGCAAUACCUCCUCCCUCGCCUCCUACACCAUCCUCAUCACCACCCGGGGACACCUUCUGUGAACCCAUCGAUCCAUUGAGUUUGGAACGAGAACUGAGAGGAGACUCUCAAAUCAAGGAUCAGCGUCUGCGAGAAGGGGUUCAUGUGCUCAAUACAGAGGCAUUGGCCUUGAGAAAUCUUUUGCGGCUGUAUGAAACAGAUCCUGUAGCCCGCGACGGCUUCAACUUGUCGGUCCAGGCUAUUACCAAGCAGCAACGGGCGAACGGCAAACUCGUUGUUAUCGGUGUAGGCAAAUCAGGACAUAUUGGACAGAAACUCGUGGCCACGUUCAAAAGUCUCGCCAUUCAAGCCGUCUUUCUUCAUCCAACUGAAGCCUUACAUGGUGACCUUGGUAUCAUAGGGCCUAGCGAUACUCUGUUGUUCAUCACGUAUUCAGGCAAGACUCAAGAGCUGCUCAUCAUGCUGCCUCAUAUCGAUGAGUCACUCCCGACUAUACUUCUUACAUCGCACACUUCCCCGGACACAUGUGAGUUCAUCAACCAUCGGCCUAACACCAUCUUGCUCCCGGCCCCGAUUCCAGAACCUGAGAAGACCUCAUUUGGCGUUUCUGCUCCCACCACAUCGACGACAGUGGCGUUGGCUCUUGGUGAUGCAAUUGCAGUUACAGCAGCUAAGGAGAUCAAUGCCAGCAUUGCGGCUGUCUUUGCGAAGAAUCACCCUGGUGGUGCUAUCGGUGCCGCAGCUCGACAACCUCGUACCAUCAAAGAUAUAGCAGUCAGUUGGCGUGAUAUACCGAUAGCACCAGAGUCAGAGGGGGUGAGUCUGGGGUUUGACUUGCUGCGUGCUGGCCUCGAUUCGGUCACUGGUUGGGUCAGAGUGCAAGAUCGAGUUGCCUCGCCGGGUACAAUACGAAAGAUCAGUAAAGACGACUUGAACAAGAGUUUGGAGGAGAUCCCGGAUGCCUCAAUACCGAAUUCUCUGAUGCUUUCGCUAUCCUCAGAGACUACUAUUCGUCAGGCAUGUGAUAUCUUGAAGAACAUGCAACUGUCACCGAACGACGAAGAUCUGCCAUGCGAGCGGGAAUCUGCCAUAGCAGUGAUGGAAAUGGGAGAGAUAGUGGGCGUUCUGGAAGUUGGUUGUCUCUUGGAUUUUGAAAGAUGA